AUGGGGGACCAACAUGCCCAUUUCUCCCAGCAAUGCUCAGCUCCAACUCCCCAAGCCGCAUCCGGCAAGGACCAAUUCCGAAGACGAUGCGAAGUAGGCUUAAAAUGGUUCCAAAGCUGGACCUCUCUCCUGUCGACGACCACCUUUGAGCUUGCACCAUCUUCCCUCCUUCGCCGUCGUCUACAACGUUUGCAACCACCAACACCUUCUCCAAUCAAGUUAGCGCUAGAAAACUCGGCGAAUGACCGCAAGACACACCUCCAAAGUCAAAGCCGCUCCACCCCAAACUAUUCCACCAGCAAUCCUAAUCCGCCAUCAACCGCGUUCCUCUGGCGUGCUCGAGUAAGCAAACACGGCAGGGGACGGCAAUACUUGGAUUUACCGCCCCGAAUGGUCCUACCAGCGCAACCACCAGCAAAGAAAACUCACCCAGACUGCGCCAAGGCAAUCAGCAAAGAGAAACACGGCCUUGUCGUCUCACUUCAAAGGGAACAAGCCGGCGCAUCCAACCCUCCAUCGACUUUGCACCCAAAACGGCUCCGCGCUGCAACCAGCUUGCCGAAGAUGGGAUGGGGGUUGGAAGUUCAAGCAGCAGCUCGUGCCGCAACAGGCCGAACAUCCUCAAGGAGGCAUCCUUGUUCGACGGACAACGGUGGGAUCAUGCUGCUGUCGACCACGUCCCUGACACAACGAUCAAGCCGACUCCAACGCGCAUGGUUACUGGGUCGACGCUGGUCGAGUAGAGAACUUGUGGAUCAGGUCGCGGCCAACAACGAGCUUAUCCAAAGCACCAACGACGUCGACAACAACGAUGCUAUUGUCACCACCAUAGCCCGCCAUCGUCUACGACCUGCUACAAUCAAGUUAGCUCAAAGCAAAUAA